AUUUCCUCUGCCUUGUGUGUGUGUGUGUGGUGUGAGCUGAAGGUGUGGACUGGGAGAGCAUGGAAUGUUCACGUGUUCCCAGUGUUCCAACUUCCCCCCGCAUGGAACUUGCGAGGUACUGAGAGGUAUAGCUGCACCUGCCCCCUUCUUGGCCAGAUCAUCCCUCUGAUGGAACGCAGAUUGGAGAUACAAACCGAUUUCGCCUAGAAAUGGGUGUUGUGAUAAGCAGGCUAUCACCUAACCGCAAAAAGACAAACUCGCCUAUGUGACUUGAUGGGAAUCUAAUGAACAGAGGACUCAUCAACCACCAUCACCAUUACCAUCGUCCUCAUCAUCAUAAUUCACCUUGAUGACCGUGCAUGAAAAAAGCUUCGCUGGAAUCAUGGAUGACAGAACCAACAAGUUGAUUUUGGCCCCUGUCCUGGCAGUGCUCUUUGUGAUGAUAGUGUACCAGUACAUAUGCCCAGCCGGGACCAAUUCUUGCCAUUUCCGAGCUGGUAACACUUUGAGAGGGGUAGCCCCAUCCCCUGUCCUUCCAUCCCUGGCAGACACUCAGUGGCAAGCGGAGGAGGAUGAAAGUGAAGUUGCAGAGGACUUCAGCCCUCCCAAAUUCCAGCCGACCUUCCAGUUCGCCACUAAAGACCUGAUCCGGUUUGUGGAUUUCAAUAUAAAAGGGGACGAUGUCAUAGUGUUCCUGCACAUCCAAAAGACAGGGGGCACUACUUUUGGGAGGCACCUGGUUAGGAAUAUCCGCCUGGAGCAGCCCUGUGAUUGCAAGCCUGGACAGAAAAAGUGCACCUGUCACCGACCUGGGAAGAAGGAGACCUGGCUCUUCUCACGUUUCUCUACUGGCUGGAGCUGUGGACUGCAUGCAGACUGGACCGAGCUCACCAACUGUGUACCUUCUAUUAUGGACAAGAAAGACAGCCAGAGGAACCACAGGUCAGUGCAUAGUGCAUCCUCCAGUACCCCCAGACUGAGUGCCAGAAGGAGCACGGACUCUGUCAUGCUUAUUUUCUACGAGUGCUACUAA